AGCAAUUAAAAAUGCCAAUUAGAGGAUAGACUCAGGUCCUACAUCCGAGCUCAGUAGAGAAGUCCACGAUUUCUUAAGAGUCUCACCCAAGAGAAUAGGUCUACACUGAGUCUGGUGUAGAUCAGAGAGGGCCUAAUGAGCUUGGGGACAAAAGCAGGUCGACGGUUAGGUCGACCCGCCUACCGUUAUCCAGCGCUGUGGUCCAAGCUGAGGUCGGGAAUUGAAAAGUUAUCUUAAACUCAAACUAAAAUAAAAUAUAAUGGAAUCAAGACAAAGAUCGCUAGUCGAGACAGAAAAUACUUAUAACGUAAGAUUGCAACCUCCUCCAAGGCACGUUAUGUUUACUGAAGACACCAUUGACAACGAAGAGAUGAAUAAGAAAAAAUCCAAUAUUUGCUGCAUAUAUAGAAAAAAGCGUACAAAUCCAGAAGACUCAUCAUGCUCCUCGUCUUCUGAAGACGAAAAAAAUGACUAUGAGUAUCAGCCAAAAUAUAAUAACAGCAAUAAAUAA